CGUCGACAGCGAGCACCGUAAUCUAGCAAUUCAUGUUACGGACCGCAUGGGCUGUAGGUCAGUCGUUGGCGCCUUUGAUGUGUUUGUGUCAUUUGUUUGUCUGGUUGUUCGUCGUGGCCUUUUGCCGGUGUUUCUUCUCUCCAAUCAAAACUGGGCUCGGAUGGGUUAGUGGGUAUUCGACGGCUUAAUUCUUGAUUUCGUCAUCUAGUACAGAAUGGAGUAGCGGCUGCGUCUGCAGCAAACGAAUCAAUAUUAUAGUGGAGGGACUUCG